GUGAUCGCUAGAGCAUACGUAUUCUUUCGGACCCAGUCCUCGCCGACCCCGCUACGAGCACCGCGCCGUCACCAAUCCGGUUCUUGAGCAUUCCCACACCUAGACGCAGAAUUGUUGCCUGCCUCUCUCCGCAGGUCUCUGGUGGAUUAUCGCUUGCUUUUCUCCGUCACCCUCCUAAUUGGACCGACACAUGAUCGGCGCAGAUCAGUUCUCUGACUGAGCAACCGAUUUGCCGAAUCCACGAGCAUCCUCUUCCUUCGUUUCCGCUCAGAGCCCUGCUACGCAUAAGGUGUUCGCCUUGAGGUGGAGGGAUAUAAUACAUAAUGUUACCCGUUUCACGACCCGAGGGCCACAUGAACCUCAAUUAUAUUCCAACUACCCAACCGAUGUCUGGAACCAGUACGGGGCGCAGCUCUCCAAGCGAUCUAUCGGGGUCUGCUGGUAUGAAACCGCCGUUCGGAUCUUCAACUGGUUUGAAUGGCGGUGCCGGCUCCAUCGGAAACGCGAGGCUAGGGGCUGGAUCCCCUUCCCAUGAACUUGGGGCUCGUUUAUAUUCGAAACGAGCGCGCGAAAUUCAAGCAGAGGAAGGUGUUUCUCCCAGUAUCUGGGGACCCCCCACCAGUGGCCAUUCGACUCCCCUCCGCGAGAACAUCCCCGAGUCCCCAAGCCAAGAGGGGUUUCCUGACUUGGUACCCACUUCCAGCGGCUCAAUCAACAGCACUGCUCGAAGAGCUAGAGCUGGGACAGUUCCCUCUAGAUUCUCACCUGUUGGUGCUCUGAACGAAGCAAAUCUUCAGCAACCGUACAUUCCCCAGACUUCUAGGCCUACACCUUCAACCAGCCCUUUCCGCCCGACCGGGGUUUCUGGCAUUGACACAGGCGCAAAGACUGCAACUACCGCAGGCGUAGCUGGCGCAGGCUCCCUCUCGCGUCUCCGAGCUGGCUCUAUGCCCCAGCGAGCAAAUUUCCUUGGAUCUUCUGGUCCAUUUGGGCCUUCCCUUUUCUCUACUAGCUGGGCAACGGGCCGUGACCGGGCCACGACAUUAACAAGCAUCCGCUCCUCCGAGGGCCCGGCUUCCCCGAGCCAUUCGUCCUUUUCUCGAGACGGUCUCGCCGAUACCGAUGUCAAAACGCUCGAUUAUCUAGGCCUUGCCGAAACACCACAACAGCCAAGAGCCACGCUUGUGCGCCCCUCGGUUGACAUGCUUCUUCAACAGCAGCAACAACAGCAACAGCAGUCUUCGCUUCCUCCACUGCUUGCGGAACUGGCCAUGAUGAAAAACAACAGCAGAAUCCGAUCCUACUCCGUGAACGCCAAGGAAAAAUAUGCGGAUGACGAGGACCUGGAAUAUGAGAGCCGAUACGCACAGAUCCCAUCUGGUACUGUUACGCCGUCAGCUGCCGCGACAGCUGCUCAAUUGGCUGCGACUCAGGCUCAGAUACAUCAACACAACUUGGCUGUGCAAGCUUUCGCCAAUCACGCAUCUGCCAGCCGCCCUCGUGCCCGGACAGCUGGCAUUUUGGAAGCGCCGCCUCAGCGCUCGUCUAUUCGAAAUUACCUGGCUACGCCGUCGCGUCUGGAAAACAGCUUUAGCGCGGCCGAUCUCAAUAUCGCAGAAAGCGGAGAAUACGAUGAACUGUCCGAGGCUGUCCAGCUGAUGCAUUUGGGUGGCGCGAAUAUGUCGAAUCUCGGCAUGCGGCCUGCAGCGGAAUUGACCGAUGAGAACAACCAAGACGGACCAACACGCGCUCUGUGGAUCGGAAGCAUUCCUGUCUCAACCACAGUCACGUCUCUUGAGGCGAUCUUUAGCAUCUACGGCAAGAUUGAGUCUACCCGUGUGCUGACUCACAAGAAUUGCGGUUUCGUGAACUUUGAGCGCAUUGAGAGCGCUAUUCAGGCCAAGUCGCUGCUCAAUGGCAAGGAAAUUUUUCCUGGUGCUGGCCCAGUACGUAUCGGGUAUGCAAAAGUCCCCGGAAGCUCUGCAGCUGGCACGCCAGGAGUCAAUGGAUCUCAAUCUUCGCCCACCCCUGAUCCAAAUGCUAGCUUGAAUGGAGCCGAUGGUCUGGCAAAGUCCGACUGCGGCAUAAUUGUCCCCCAAAUCCCUGCUCUUUCUGAACUCCAACCGGAAAUGGCUCAAAUUGUUCAAAAUUUUGGUGCUACCGAAGAUGAUACUCUGAACAUCUCUGCAAGCGUUCAGCGCGCCAUUGCGUUUGAUGCAUUUGAAGAUGAGAUUCCCUCUAUCGCAGAGCCCAGCCAGACAAGAAUGUUCGAUGCCCCUCGCCUCCGCGAUAUUCGCAAGAGGAUCGAUAAUGGUGCCUGUUCUGUACAGGAAAUUGAAGAGACUGCAGUUGCGAUGCUUCCAGAAAUCGCCGAAUUAGCAUCGGACUAUCUGGGCAAUACCGUUGUUCAGAAACUCUUCGAGUUCUGUUCUGAGCCAACCAAGGAACAGAUGUUGGUGCCGAUCGCCCCUCAUCUCGCUGAGAUCGGUAUCCACAAAAACGGAACCUGGGCCGCUCAAAAGAUCAUUGAUGUCGCCAAAACUCCGAACCAGAUGAGGCUGAUUGUUGAUGCUCUUCGGCCGUACACUGUACCUCUAUUUCUCGAUCAAUAUGGAAACUACGUACUUCAGUGCUGUCUCCGCUUCGGUGCCCCAUUCAACGAUUUCAUUUUUGAGACUAUGUUAAGUCGGAUGUGGGAGAUUGCCCAGGGCCGGUUCGGUGCUCGGGCCAUGCGGGCUUGUCUCGAGAGCCACCAUGCCACAAAAGACCAGCAGCGUAUGCUCGCGGCGGCCAUCGCUCUCCACAGUGUGCAGCUUGCAACGAAUGCUAACGGCGCACUUUUGCUAACUUGGUUUCUCGAUACUUGCACUUUCCCUCAUCGCCGUACCGUGCUUGCACCGAGGCUGGUCCCUCAUCUCGUUCAUCUUUGCACUCAUAAGGUCGCCUAUCUUACUGUCUUGAAGGUUAUCAACCAACGUAAUGAGCCUGACGCCCGUGAGAUUGUGUUGAAGGCUUUGUUCUUCAGCGCGGGCGACGAGGUAUUGGAGAAAAUUUUGAGUGAUCAAACUUCGGGAGCGACUCUAAUUUUCAAAGUUCUCACUACGCCUUUCUUUGAUGAGUCAAUGCGCGCUGAAGUUGUCAAGAAUGUUUCCAAGGUUCUCACAAAACUAAAGGCGACCCCGAGUCAAGGAUACAAACGCCUUAUGGAUGAAGUUGGUCUUUCUUCGCGUGGAGGUGCCCGAGACAAUCAUCAUGGCCGUGAUCAUGGACCCAAUGCAGACAAGCAGCAGCAUCGUCCAACUUCUCGUCAGGCAGCAUCGAACUACGUCCCACAACCGCCCAUGGAAAGGCAAUAUAGCGCGCCAUUUCCUACCAUGCUUAAUCAGAGCAUGGACGCCGCUAGGCCCAUGCCUUCAGAACAGCAAUCAGGCGCUGGAGCAUAUGAUCCUUACAGUAUCAAUGGAAUGAGCAAUCUCGGCUCUGCAGGCGGCAUCAACCCUCUCGGCGGAAUUAGUGGAGUUAACGGACCUGGAUUCGCUCAAGACUCUAUGAUGCCUUUGACUCCGCAGCAGCUACAAUAUCAGGCCUAUAUGGCGGCACAAAGCCGUGGCCUUUCGCCGUCCGGCCUGUAUCCAAGCCUAGGAAACCCCAACUUUGGUUUUGCGGCUGGCAAUCCUUCAGCAGACAACCUCCGAUCCAUGCAGAGUCAGGCUGCCUCCUUGGCUGGCCCGCCGACCCAGCAGAUCAACCCAGGCUCCAUGUUGAAUCAGGCGGCCUUUGCUCCUCAGCAGUUUAGCCCUGUCAUGAGCACUGCUCAGAUGUAUCAGUAUCCUUCACAGUUCUAUCCCCAAGCACAGCCAGCCCAGGCGCAGUCUGCUGGAGGCCGGCGAGGACGUCCAAGCCAUCCCCAGCACAUGUGAAAGAUUGGGACUCGCCUGCGUGAUCGAAGCUGAUGUGGGUUGCCUCCCGCAUUGAGGAUUACCUAUAAUGCUUUAAUCCGCCAUUAACUUCCACCUUAUGUAUAAAGUUUCUUUUUGAUCUUUUUUUCAGUUUCCGGGAUACAGAGUAGUAUGGCUAUAUGCAUGAGAUGACCUUUGUCACAC